AUGACAAGAGAUGUGAUGGUACGGCAAGUGGUGUCGAGGCCCGAGGGAACUCCUCUAGUGGAUUGCAUAUCAGAAAUUGUGACUACUUAUCUGAAUGCCACAAAUUUGGUAGAGCGCAUUAAGCGGUCCAACAAGCGACCAUUAUCUGAGGAUGCCCUGGUGGGCUUGGAAAUCUCGCUUGCCCUUGGACCCCCGAUAGUCCAGGGCCAGUAUGAUUGCGGCGUCAAGCGCAUUGGUCAACAGUAUGUGUACGGGGACGAAACUUCUCAGGAAGAGAUGAAAUCUAUUUUGAUCAACCUGCAGGCGACCCUCCUGGUCGGCCUGCAGCAGGCAUUUAUGGACAAUCUCGAACUCGACUAUGGCAGCUUUCAGACUUCUUCGGACGGCGGUCGUGUCGACUCCAUACUCUGCUUGGGUCGGCUGGGUGAACGUCUGGCCCCCGGCGUUCAAAUGUCUAGAGGGUUGAACUCUGCGUCACUCCCACCUGGAACUGUGGAAAUGCCUGCAAAUGGUGACUUGACUGAUCAGGAAUUUUCACCACUUUCUACGGCCGGAAGCGUAUUUUCCAGAGUUGCGAGCAGUCAUACUGCCACAACCUUGUCAUUGCGUAUGAAAUCGGAGAGUCUGUUUACUGCAGGCAAGGUCGUCAGCCCAAUAUCUACGGAAAGAAGCUUUGGAGUUUUCGCCCACAGGAAUUCACCGCACUACUUGCCGAAAGUGACCGUUGAGCUCCCAACCAACGAAACCGAAGCGUUGGACGGAAUUUGGCAUCUGUACCGCGGGAGCCCAAUUUCCAACCACAGAAACAAUGAGACUCAAUCCUCAAUUCCGACAAUAAGGGAGUCUAGUGGUGAGCUGUUAUAUAGGCCUAGCUUAACAGCUCCGCAGGCGCUGGGUCCCCGUAGUUUUCCUACCGAACGAAGACCUCUAGGGUUCGAGCAGGAUCCCCCAGAGGCACAAUACGACUCGCAAAAUAACCAGCGGAGCACGUAG